AUGAUCACUUAUAUAUUAUAUUGUUCCUCUAACUCUUCUCUAGGACCCAGCAGUUGGGGUGGCAUUUGCAGAUCCGGUAGUAAACAGUCGCCCAUAGACAUAAGGACCACCGCAGCCAUGUAUGACUCAAGCCUGGGUGAUUUUACACUUGUCAACUACGCCAAUACACCAGCUGGUGUCAAUUUUACAGAAUCAAACAAUGGUCAUUCUUUGAAAGUGUCAUUUGACAGCCAUAUAUACAACGUAAGCGGAGGUGGCCUGCCCGGUGUUUACACCACCGUUCAGUUUCAUCUGCACUGGGGAUCAAACAACAGCCAAGGAUCGGAACAUACCCUGGACGGGAAAAAGUUUUCUGCCGAGGUGUGUUUAUCGAUGUGGUGUCAAUUGAUCAUUUUACACACUUUACUGUGAACUUAUACUUUACGUUUGGUGUGUUACAAAACUUUAGUGAGUAACCAGCUAUUUCGCCACCAAAAUUAAUGGGGCGAAAGUGCAUUUAAGAUCCCUUAAAAGAAUGUCCCGCGAAGGGAAUCAAGUGUUACAGGGCUAAAAAAAUUGUUAGUAUUAAGGUGCCCUUAUCCCAUCACUCCUAUAACCGUACUUGUAAUGACUUAUUAUCUAUAUGUAUUAUAUAUAUGUAUUGUUUUCAAUUUGCAGCUCCAUUUUGUCAGCAUGAACACAAAAUACUCCACCCUCAGUGAGUCCCUAGGUUAUUCAGAUGGUUUGGCCGUGCUGGGUGUUUUUCUUAAGGUAAACAUGUUUGCCUCUUCAUAAAACCCAUUCACUCCCAGACUCGUUUUUAAAGACGUGUAAUAAAUGUCCACCUUACCUUGAAUGGAUGGAGUGGUUCUCCAAUCACGUUGAAAGAUGGUUUCGCUGAGUGUUGACACUUGCAAGGUCAAAGAGAAUUUCAUUAUCAUAGAGAAAUCGCUAGAGUUUUCCAAUGGCAUUUAAGUUUUGUUUUACUUUGUUUCGUUUUUGUUUGUUUGUUUGUUUUUUUCUAGUAAAGACACCAGUAUAAAAUCAAACAUUUGUACUUCAAAAGGAGAAGUAUAGAGGCAUGUCAAAAGGUGUGAAAUCCUAAGUGAACCAAGGCCCUAAUUUUUCUUUUUAACUAUUGUUAUUAUUCUUAUUGCUUUCUAAACUGAUGUUAGGUUGGCUCAAGCGAAAAUCAGUACUAUCAAAUGUUCUUGGAUCAUAUCAGAAAUGUAACGAAGGAGGGUAAGUGGUUUUGCCAGCAUUCUCAGGUCAGGAGGGUCAGAGAGCCGUUGCGUGUUUUAAAAACUGUGCAGUAAAUUUAAUAUUUGAUAAAACGCAAGCCGUGGUUCGAAAAACUGCAGACGUGUCAUAGGUUCUUCUAUUGUAUUUAAUUCUUUAUUUUUUUACAUGUAUUUAAAGCAUGUGUCAGAGUUGUUUUUUUUUUUUUUGUACGGAAGGGAAGUUCUAACAGUUCAGUAUGUGGCCCCCUAGCUGAAUGUGCUUCUAGGGCUUGCCCUUAGUGUCGAGCCUUUCUUUAUCCUUCACGGUUGAAAUUGCUGUCUUUUACCACAAAAACAUCCAUGAUGUAAAAUAAUGUCUAGCGCGCGCAUUAUUUAAAAAAUAUAAAAUAUAAAAAUUUAAGUGAUAUUCACUGUUUAUCUUCCGCUUCACAGGUGAUAGUGUGAGCUUUCCAGCAUUCCCUCUUGUAAAUCUCCUUCCAACCGACCAGACCAAGUACUAUCGGUACAAUGGUUCGCUAACAACGCCAACCUGCGAUGAAGCUGUUACCUGGACUGUUUUCAACGAUCCUGUUGAGAUUUCACAGGCUCAGGUAAUUUUUUUUUUCUGUGUUACUUGUUCUCAUCCACGUAAUUUUCUAAUUACCGUAUUUAUUCGAUUAACCGCCCUGGGCGCUUAUUAAAUUUUUGGACCUUAAGAGUGGGCGCUUAUUCGAGGCUGGGCGCUUAUUAAAUUUUCACCAUUUUCAGCAAGUGAAGUAUGUUUAUUUUGCAACAAAACAAUAAAUGCUAAUAACAAACGCGAAGAAGUAACAAAGCAAGGUUUCUGUAAAAUACUCUGAAGAAAACUCCGUCCUCGGGGAAGUCUCUUAUUAGAAUUUAUUCACUCAGGUGGGUGGGUUGGGGGUGAGCGCUUAUUUGAGUUUGAUUGGGAGGAGGAGGGGUGGGCGCUUAUUCGAGGCUGGGCGCUUGUUAACUUUUUCUGCCUUUAGGAUGGGCGCUUAUUCGAAUAAAUACGGUAAUUAUUACUAUAUUUUCAAUUAAUGUUGCAAGAGUUUAAAGGGAUACGCCCUCACAAAGAGAAUUAUCCUUGCAACGUUCCUUGGGAUAUGUCCUUGAAUUCAGACAACCUCUUAUGUUUCGGUGCUAACCUCAAAACAGGUGGGAGAGGAUUCCUCUUUUGGCGAAACAAAACCAUCUUAUUUUUCUCUUUACAGAUGGAUGAGCUGCGUUCCUUGAAGAUGAACAACAGCAUGAACAUUGUCGACAAUUACCGCCCAGUUCAGAGCCUUGGCAGCCGUAAAGUGAAAUCUAGCUUCGGUUCGACACAGAUCGGCGAUGGCGUUGCUCUUAAAAUACCCAAUGUCGUUUUGCUUUUGGUGCUCCUCCUCCUAGCAGUUUUCUGUCAACCUUGAAUGAUUCGGCAGACCAGGUCCUCUGCCAAAAUGGGGAGUAGGGGGUGUUACUCUGCACAGUUCGGGGGAAGGGGGCACAGGACUAUAUUCAACAGCUAUUCAACAGAAUUUGACCACUGAGCUAUUAAAAAAAUGUGUAGUUAGUUACUUUGUAAAUACGUUUGUAUCUACCCGUCGGAAGAUGAAGAUAUGAAAGUAGAUAUAUGAAAUGUCAUAUAUUUGAACUGCUGGUACUUGAACGAAUUAAUUGAUAUCUUAGUUAGCUACGCAAAAAAGUUAAAAAAAGGUUCAUUUUAUACCUUAUCUUUACACAGACAUUCAUAAGCAAAAGAUUAUAUUAAUGGUUUGCUUAGUUAAGAGGUAAUAUAAAGUUCACAGCUUUAUCUUAGGACAGCCACAAUUACAAAAACUAGUACUUCAAAAGCUGGAGGUUGUUACUUCCACCGUUUAUUACCGAAUACACUGCUGUUUUACUAAACGCUUUGAAAGCUCGCUGGUAUAAUACUGAUUGGUAAGAGUUUGAAGAGUCAAAGCUUGUGUUGCGUGGCAGUACACUAUUUCGAGAAAAAUGCUUUGAUAUUUACAUUAACUUAAUGUUUUGUACAUUAUUAACGAUGUAUCACCUAAGUGUUAAAUAAAAACGCACUCAAAUGAAAUAACAAUGAAAAUGCCUUAGAUUCAAUAAGUAUCUUAAAUCAUACCCCAUUCCUCUCUUUAGAAACGAUAACGGCACAGCAUUGGUACCGAAAGCGUCCCGCAAUUGUUUCUCGGAUAGUUGGCGGGGGUGCCUCAACUAUUGGCCUUUUUUUUUUCCUGCCCCUUGUCAGUCCCUGACGUCUUUGCGAAAGUUAACUCUGCCCAGUCUCUUUCUCCUUCACUAAAGUGGCGAAUUCCUAGGGACAUACCAAUCCCGCGUCUUUUUCUUUAGAAAGAGAUACACAUGAAUUGUUACUAGACGCUGUUGGACGUAAGUCAGUGAUGUUAAUGUUGAAGAAGUAUAUUAGAUAUAUUUCCCAAGUCCAGUAGUUCAAACUAGUGUUCUAAACACUGCACUGCACGCGGGGGUUUGCAUGAUUGAGUUUUUUUUUUAGUAGUUGCAUGUCAAAUUAAGCAGCUGCAUGCUGUAAGUCAGCCUUUUUUUUUUUGGUAGAGAAGAAAAAAAAUCAGUAAUCUUUUAGGAAAUAAAUAAAUGUACACAACUUAAGUGAAAAGUUAAGCAAGUUUAUCUUUGUCAUGUACUGAGUGUAUGCCUUAUAGUGUUUGCCCACCUCUAGAAAUUAUACGUUCCCAGGGCGGUAAGGAGGGGAGGUGCGACGGUUGCGUUCCCCAGAGACUUGCCCCUCCGACCUCAUUUGGUCCGUCUCCUCGUUGGAUCGCACCUCCCCUUAAAACAACCUGGCUACGUGCCUGGUUCCUCUUACGAUUUAUUUCACCUGACUUGUAACUUUCCAUAUCGUAGCUUUAACUCCAGAUGCGAAUGAGAAAUAAAAGCAGCAAAAAUAUCACAUACAUACAUACAUGACUUUAUUUUACCUCCAAUUUACAGAGCAGCUCAAAAGCUAAUAUCUUCGAGAAAAGAAAAAAAUGAUAAAUAAUAGAAUAACAUUACUGAGUAAUUAUUAAUUAUUAGAUUGUACAUUGAAAAAUUCCUAGAAGAGACUUUCCUGAAGACAUGGUCUUCUUCAGAGUAUUUUACAGAAACCUUGCUUUGUUACAUCUUCGCGUUUUGUUGCAAAAUAAACAUACUACUCUGCUGAAAAUGGUGAAAAUUUAAUAAGCGCCCAGCCUCGAAUAAGCGCCCACUCUCAGGGUCUAAACAUUUAAUAAGCGCCCAAGGUGGUUAAUCAAAUAAAUACGGCCUCGUACCGCGUGAGUGUUCGAGCGGGAUUUGUGAUAGUGUAGGCAUUUUUUGAGUCCCAGGCGCUACUCAGUUUUCGUCUCUGCUUCUCCUGGUUUUCUUUAUCUUACUUGAAUACAGUUUCUUCGAAACGUUUUUCAACGUCUUUUCUUGCUCAAGCAGAAUAAUGGCGAAAACAUUUUGCAAAACAGCGAGUAUCUCGUAGCGGUGACAUACGGUAGCAACUACAGUCGACUCCCGAUAACUCGAACCCUCGCUAACUCGAACCUCGCGCUAACUCGAACCAAAAUCGAUUUCCCCUGGAUUUCCGUCAUACAUUUACCGUAAUUUUACCCUCGGUAACUCGAACCCUCGAUAACUCGAACUUCCACUAACUCGAACCAAUUUUCGUUUCCCCUCAGGUCAUUUUCCAUAUAAUUUUACCCUCGAUAACUCGAACCUCAAAACAGUAAAACGCAUGCUCUAUUUAGGCUAUGUUUUGUUGCGUUGCGUUCUGAUUUAUAGCCUAGAAGUAUCUUUUAAUUUUCACGUGAGAUUUCUACAAUUAAAUGUGAUUAAAAUGUUCACUGUGCAGUAAAAACUGUUUUUACCUUACUCUCGGCUAUUUUCUUCGAGCUCCCGAUAACUCGAACUUUUUUCAAUUUCCCUUGAAGGUUCGAGUUAUCGGGAGUCGACUGUACUGUUGUGAAGAUUUCUUGUAGUUUAGGCAUUCUCAAGUAGUCAAGAGCUCUUUUUGUCUCUAUUUUUUUACUUUGUAAAUAGCUCCUACUAAACUUUUUUCCAGGCCUUCACUUGCUUUAAUCCGAAAAAAUCUCACAAACAUUUUCAAAACGGCGCGCCAUGUUGAACAAAACAAAAAAAAAUUACAAGUUUCCUGUGACGUCAUCUAUGUAUCUGUACCCAAUAGAUCAUAGGCAACGCCUAAUCACGCGCGUAGCAUUCACAUCAAUUUAUAAAGAAAAAUAUCUUUUAGUGCUAAGUGCUAACAUGGUUGAAAGGACAUGGUUCUCCGUUUAAAACCACUCCAGAGUGGACUCCGUUCUAAUGUUCUCAGGUUCCAAGUUUUACGGGCAAAAUACUUAAAAGAUCGCGCAGAAUGGCCGGACAUUUACGCAUAAUAAUGAGCUGCAAAUUGCAAAUGAUUUGGACCAGGAGCUCUUUUCAGAAGUCACAGCACACCUGGUCCAACCUUUACUGCUUCAUAUGGAUGCACCUGCCAGGGAAUGCAAGAAAAGGUUUCUGUUCGCCCCACCCGAAGUGCUUUGAAUUCUGUCAAAUGACUGACACUGGAAUAUUUUGAACAAUGAAUGGCGUUGAUGUCGCAUUUUGUUAUGCGCGCACUGUUUUUAGAGAGCGGGAUUACCUGAGUGUCUGAGCUACAUAAUAUUGCCAAAAGUGAACUUACAGUUACCCACCAUUUAAAUAAUAUAAGAUUGGAAGCUACAAUAUCUUUCUAAUAGAGAGGCAAAACACAGUGAAAACAUUACUCUUAUCUUGUACCGGUUCUUCGCGGAAUUUUUUCAUUUAGCACUGAGUUUCUUUUACGGUAUAAUCAAAAUCUCGAAGGCGCUGAAACAAAUGGAAAUUCCCGCAAAAUACAACAAAGUGAUGUUAUUAACGUUCAGUGUGAAAUAUGCUCAUAUGACCGAUUUUGCAAAACCAAAGAGCUAGAAGGAGAAAACAAGAGCGUGCUAUAGUCAUUGUUUAGUUUGCCACCUUCAUCAUAUUUCAUAGCGGCAAUGCUUGGGUGCGCGUGAUGGACAGAUCUACGAACUUUGUUGAACUGGAAGUAAAUGUCCCGAGACAAUAGGCAUUAUAUUCUGUGCGAUGGGAGGGGUGACUGAGACUGGGAAGACCAUAAGAAGCGGAAGCAGGUCUGCACAAUGACAAUAUAUCAGUUCCUCUUAGAGAGAAGACCGUUUUGGGCAAAGUUAUUAAGUCCUUAAUAUAUGCAGGGUAGAAAUUGAUAUGCAUACAUUUCAUGGUAUUAACUGCGUGAUUAACAACAUGCUGUCGCCAUAAGAACCUUCAAAAAUUGCCCUAUUUGGGCGGAGCAUUGUUUCAUAUAUAACGAAAGUUGUAUUCUCCUGUAGCCAAUCACAUGUAAAGCAAACUGUCAACCACGUAAAAAGGAUUAACGCCUCAUUUUUCUGAUCCAAACAAGUCACCGCAUAUCAUCGUGUUCAACUCCAAGAAAAAGGUAAGUGGGAUUUUUCUCGACUUUCCAUAAGUAAUAGUCUACGUUUUGCAAUAUUGAGUCAGCCCUGACUUCCUGAUCCAUAGCAAGAACAGAUUGUUAGCCUGACAGUUUGUUCGUUUCUGCGGGUAAGCGUAGCAAAUAUUAUACAGACAUAACAGUCCACUACCUAAUGCGCUACUAGUGAGCCAAGUGAGAGGCCAGCCGAUCGUUAGAAACAGUUGGUUUUUGGCUUACGACAAGACUGUGCGCUAGAUCCGCUCUCGACUGAACUACGGAAUUUUUUACUCUUAAGAGUCCAUACGUGUUUACAUAUGUUAAAAAUUAAUAUAUAUGCAUGUUUUGUUGUUUUGUUUUAUUUCGUUUUGUUUUUCGUGUUCGUUAGUACCAUUUAUUCCAUAGAUCUGCCUGGGUACCUUCUCUAUUCUUUAUUAAAGACCUUUAAAUUCUAAGACGAGUACGACUACGAGUACGAGAUUUUCUCAGUACUAAGUAGUGCUCGCGCGUGAACCAACGUCAUUUUGGCGGGAAAACGUGGAAGCCGUCGUCACUCUACUACGAAUUUUAGCGAGAAUGUCGAAGUUGGGAAAACGAGUUAUCAAAGGUUGGAAGUUUUAUCAUUUUGCGACCGGGAGAGGGUAUAACCUCCCUCACUUAAGGUAACAGUGCUAACUUUUCUAGUGAAAAAUGGUAAAAUGAAGCUUUCCGGAGAGUCUAUAUUUUGAGAAUACGCGAAAAUACUUUGAGUCAAAUCUCGUACUCGUAGUCGCUCUCGUCCUUGAUAAAGGUCUCUAUUAAUCGUUCAGUAACUCAGAUCAAAUUGCUUAUCGAAGAGCAUCCAACGGUUGAACAUCCACUAAACUUAAACGCAUUCACCCAGAUUCUUCGAGUUUUUAUUACAAUUUCCUUUAGAAAUAUAAAACCAGCAGAAUCAAUUAUAUGUCAGUCUCUUGCGAAAAUGAAAAAUUAAGAGAAGACAUUUGCUUUUAAACUUUCUUAUUUUCUAAAGCAUUUGAUCUUUUGCCUCCUGAGAAUUUCUUAUUAAAAAUAAGUCAUGCUGACGGUUUACCACGGUAGAUUUUUAAUUACAGGGACAAAAGUGACAACGCACAAAUAAUGGGAAAAGAGAAGUCAUCAUUUUAAAGGACGAGAAAUUCAUAAUAAGAUAAGAUCGCUCCAGAAAUUUGGCUCGGGGUCUCUGGGCCAUUUUCUAGGUUAAAUAAGUUAUGUCCGUACCUUGAAUGGUGCCAAUCACUCCAUAAAAGACGUCGGUUUGUUCACUUUGAUGAGUAGCAUGAUAUUGUCUAUAACUAACACUCUGGUCUCCAAGGACGACAUUUCUUUCUGUCGGUAAUUCAGAAAAUUCAAAUCAGUUCUUUUCUAUUAAAUGGAAACUUUAAAGCCAGAGAAGUAGAGGCCUUCUAAACUCGGGAUCGUCCCAUAAUACCACCAGCUUCCAACGUAGACGUUCUUAGACGUCGUGUUUUUCUUUCUUCCCUUCGAAGCCCUAAGAAUCAGUCUGCUUGGAAGCCUAAUAAAACGUUCCACAAACUUCAGUUAAAUAAGUAUUUUUUUCAUUUUCUUUUGGGACUUAUUACGGGACGAUAGGAAGCAGAGGGGGAAAAAAAGGAUAAUAUUUUUCGAAAAAGAAAAGGACAGAAAAUUAGGUAAAUUUAAGUUACAGUAUUAUAUUUAGCAGAGAGGCUUUUUGAUAACCACUCAGAAUAACCAGCCUUAUAAGAAUAGUUCAGGGUCGAGUUACAGGUACUGAUUACGCCAGUAAUAAAAGCCUUUCAGAGUAUCCGCAAAGGGACACAUUCAGUGUAUAUUGGCUUUGCCGGGUUCUAAUCAGAAAUCAAUCGCUUUUAUUUGAGAGAUUUACGUGUAUGCAAACUUGUAAUUUUUAUGGCUUUUGAAUUGCUUUCUAUACAUUUAUCCACCCACCGCACGAUGAGUCCAUUUUGCGAUCUUUCAUUAUAUAUACUUGAAUAAUCCAUUUUUUUUUUACAUAUAUAUACUUGAAUAAUCAUCAUUUUCCCUCAAAAUACAUAAAUGCAAGAUUUUUUUAUUGUUUGGAAUUCCGUUUAUAGUUCGAAUUUAAACGUUUCAGUCGGUUACAAAAAACGACAACAACUCCAGAAUAGGUUGCACCAAAUAAGUAUUUCUUCUUGUUUUUCUUCGAGCAUGUCGUCACCUGACAUCAUAUCCAGUUACCAUCACUGUCUUGAAUGUGGUAAUUUCAGUUUGCCUUUCAGUUAGUAAAAUUUCCAUAUAUAUGGAUUUCAAUAAAGACAUUUUCAUGUGAAUCGACCUGUUUUUAGAUUUAUUUCGGAAGAUAACAAACAAGCUUUUUAAAAAUUCAGUUAAUACCGGCCACUUAACUCUUCUACCAAUACAAUUGAAAGGUUAAGCAAUAUGCAUGUAACACUCAUCCCUUAGUGAACAGUUUUCGACUGGUGAGCUUCAUUUAAGCAUCAUAUUGAGUCCAGUGUCUCACAGUGUACUUACGGCAAAAACAAAGAGCACUUGAUAAACAAUUGAUUUGUCGUCUCUAAGAGAUUAACAAGUACAGGAGGGCCAUAUUCUAAUGUAAAAAUCACUGCUAUUGUCCUAGUUCUAAUAAUCUUCUUUCUUCUUGUCUACGCACUUGAAACUCAAAGGGUUCCGAAUGUUUCAUUUUUACUCACAACUACAGUAAACACUCACCUUUAAGAAACUACAUUUUUUGAGGUCUGGCAAAAAAAGGUUCUUUUAUUUCGGCUUUCAAUGUGGGCUAACUAGGUUCUUAAUUAGGUUCUUAAUUUCUAGGAAGAAGACAAAGUUGUUAACUACCAGAAAUAUAAAGAAACUUAUGCAAUAUUUAUUGAGUCCUUAACGCAAGGUCCAUGAAGACAAUUACAAUCUUUGCUUUACUUAAACCUGUUUUCGUUGUAGGAAUUACAGUAAUACUUCUAUUUGUAAUUACUGUUUGGUCCGGUAUCUUCUUGUAAUAUCAAUGGUAACUCGAAGUCAAACUCCAUGGUAAAAACGUAUUUCCUCGAAUAAUAGCCAUCCCUCGAUUAAUCGCCUCCCUCGAAUAAUCGCCUCCCUUUGAAGGAAAAAUUGAAAAUAAUUGCCUCACUCAAAUAAUCGCCCCACCCCCACCCGUUGCGACAUGAUCUUCUCUUCUUUUUUAUUUCCUCCCUGUCAAGGUAGAAUUUACACCUAACUGACCUAAGAUAACAAACAAGCUUUCAUUUACUGAUUGUUUACAACUGAAUAGUUACAAAAAUGAUCAGUGACGACUUCAAGCUCUCCUGCCACCGAGGAAUUUGAAAUUGAAAAUUAAUGAAGGAAACUAAUUUAGAACUGGACUUAAAAAGCCCAUGUUCAGUUUAUUUGAUGUGAUUAUUUUUGAGGAGUAAUGGGAUAAUAAAGCAAAAUAUUUAGUGCACGACUUCCAGCGAGGCAUGCAUGAUAUGAAAUAACCACUUCCCUCGAAUAAUCGCGCCCUUUUGGCGCGAAAAAAUUUAUAAUCGCCCCAGGCUGUUAUUCGAGGAAAUACGGUAAUUUUAUUACCUGUAACCCACAUAUAAGAACCUGCUUGAUUUUCCUUGGCUAUUAAAGCGGGUAUUAAAGUGCCAAAUUUCCGCCACCGAUGUUUACUGUACCAAGACGGGCCGUAUACCAUGAGCUCUGAACAUGGACAUGGGAGUACUUGGUAUCCAGAUAACUAGUGUCAAUUGGAAAAAUACAUGUAAACGCAAAGUCUGCUAGCAAGCUCUCCCGCGGCCCUCUGGCGGCGGGGCGUAACCCUAAGCCUAACCAGCCUAACCCUAACGCUAACCAAUCCCCUCUUUCCUCUUCCACCCCCGUAACCCCGGGAACCCCAGGAGAACUUGUUCGCAGUCUACAGUUUUUCAUGCAGUGGUUUGAAAUAAAAUCAUUUUACUUGUGUAAAUGAGCUAUCAAAUAAUUUACCCGUACUGUCAACGGCUUCUUUCUUUCAGAAAAAAAUAUUUCCACGACAAUCAUGGCCAGAAUUUCGUUGCCAUUCAUAUGCUUAAUUGCUGGAGCUUCCAUUGCCUUGGCGGCAGGUGAGUAAGUGUAGAAACUAAAGAAAAAAAAACAGCAAUAUUUCAUGACCCAGCGCGGCAGGAUUUAGCUCUCAACUGGCAAAGCGCUUGCCUGGUGCUGCACAGAGGGUUGAGCACACAGAAAUGUCCUUCGUCUUGUUUCCAGUAGGAAGCAAAAUCUCAUGACCGCAAAAUGAAUGCAUUGCCCUAAAUUAGUGCUUACAGUAGGUACUUAACAAAUUGACUCCUAAAUAAAGUAUUUUUUUCUUGCCAUUUUUUUUCGCUUGUGCGUGUAGACAAAUCACGAAUUUAGAACAUAGUGUGCUUGACCGAAUUUUUUAUGGCCACUUAUGCUUUUUUUUGUUUAUUGUCACUGUUUCGGAUUGCAACUGAGUCAUGCAGUCUAAUUUUGGAAACUAUUUCUUGAAGUUUCCAUUUCAAGUCGGUUCAAACCAUACUUUGAAAACAAAAAGUUUUUCCCUUUGAAGGGAACUGGCUUGCAGAGAUCUGGAAAAAUAGGUAUGAUGUCCUUGUUUACUGACACUUUCUUCGUCUCCCACUUAAGACUUUCCACAGACAAAUCUUUCACUUCUCCAUGUUCAAAAAAUAAAGCACGUCGGUUAGUUGGUUAACAACGUUUGUCUGACAGGCGAAGAAAUAUUGCAAAUAGUACGCAGAGAGGAACAUGAGCUAUGUACUCUGAGAGACGCACUAAAAUUGAAUUGCCGUGCGACGUACGUUAUACAUUUUUGUACAGGAAAACUAUUCAAGUCAUCCCUACAUUGCCGUUUUCAUACACUAAUCUCUUGCCAAAACGUGCGUCUCCAUCGAAUGAAGCGCCAAGUCCAAAAUUAGAUACACGGCAUCAAAUGCAAAGCGACUAAAUAGCUUGUGAUUCCGCCAACCUUAUUUGCCCUACGAUACAAGUCUGUGUGUUUUCAUUUUUUACACCCUUAGCCGUUAAUUUUCAUUGGCAAGGGAAAAAUGAGAGAAUGAUCGAUAGAAAUGUUAUAACCGAAGCGACCUUUGUGUUUGUCGCAUAGCUUUGCUGUGAUUUCGCUUCCCGAGACUUAGCUAAUGAUGGGACAGAUUUCUGCGGCAUGUUCAGCCAGCUGUGUUCAGCACAUCACGAAAGCCCCAAAACUUAUCAUGUCCAAAUCCUAUCCACACAGAAAACCAUAUUUCCCAUCUAGUUCCAUGAUGGACGCUCCUGUCGAUAUAUAUGUUGUAGCUGAAUUUUUUAUCUCAGCAAAUUUUAUGUUCUUUCGUUGCAACCUGAUUAACAUACAUUACCAUACCCAAAAACAAUAGAAAAACAAAAAUUAUCUGAGCCAAAAAAUUAACUACAACAUAUACUUCAAGGCUGAAUGCCACAUAGCUACUACAGCUAAUACGGCUACUAUAUAGCUAGUUACUACAGUUACCACAGUUACUAAAGCUACUAUACCCACUUGUAGCUACUAGUGGGGUCAUGUGGGGUGGAGACUCUAUGGCAUUCGGUCAUGAGGUAUAUACCUUCAAUACGGACCUUAUAGCCUGGGAACACCCUUUUCCCUCCUGAGACUUUCGCUCCGCUCGCUUCGCGCGCCGAUUUUUCUCUUCCUUUUUUUCUUCUUUUCCUCACUGUGGUGCCUGGUCCCAGGCUAGGAACCUUACAAUCCGACAACGGCGACGUCCAUGAAAUCGUCGCUGAUAAAAAGACUUCGCAGUCUUUGGCAAACUUUUUGCGACUAUCCCAAGUCGUCCAGUUACUUAAAAGAAGCAAAUUUAAGUUGGAGCUGAAGAGAAAGGACCGCGCCCGAGUUCAGGCAGAUAGUAAAAUUUAUCUCCUUACCGUUCCCGUUCUCAAGUUAACUUAAAAUUUACUCAAUUCACGUUGUACAUCUGCAGCAGCGGCAAGGAAAUUUACAAAAAAUCAUGAUACACGUGCAGAGCUGUUGUGUUGUGUUCUUGUUUUGGUUUGAUCAUUUUUUCGUUAAGCUGACGGUAACACCUAUUGUUUUCCUAGGUUGGAGCUAUGAUUUAAAUGCAGCGGAUGGUAUGUUUUCAUUUUUUCUUGUUCUAGAGUUCUGAAAUUUAGAUAAGUGCAACGUAGAAGAACCCUGGUCGAACGCGACCACGUUCAAUAAUUUUACGAGAGUCCACGACCACUCAUUCAUGAAAUCCCGAGGUGGUCGCUUACGAGACUGGUUUUGAGUGCGUACUGAUGUUUAAUGAAAAGAUUAUUUUCCUUCUCUGGAAAAAUAACGUUGUCAUGAAGUUUUCGUACGCAAAGCCAAAAAACUUUAACUGCAAUAUGUCGACUCCAUCACAUCGUGCUUCACUGUUUCGCUGUGAUAAGUGGAAUAUACGAUUCAACGGUUGGUCAGGCGUGUUGAUUGUAAAUCAUUUGAUCAUUUCAUUGCGCGGUAUAUAGGUGGUGGAUGUUGGAAUAUUUUAAAACAAACUAGAUUGCAAGGACAAACACCCAGUUAAAGAGCACUACACAUAAAAUAAUUAAGUCCAAUGGUGGGUUGAAGACUUCAUUAUCGUCAUUAUUUUUUCGAUUCAUUUUUAAUCUCUUUGCGCUUCUUGCAUUACAUUGCCCUCGUAAUUUUUCUCUAGGACCUAACAGUUGGGGUGGUAGUUGCGGUUCUGGGAGUAAACAGUCGCCUAUAAACAUCAACACCACCACAGCCAUGUAUGACUCAAGCCUGGGUGAUUUUACACUUGUCAACUACGGCACUACACUAGCUGGUGUCAAUUUUACCGCUAAAAACAGUGGUAAAUCCUUGAAAGUAUCAAUGGACAGCCAUAUAUACAACGUAAGCGGAGGUGGCCUCCCCGGAGUUUACACCACCGUUCAGCUUCACCUGCACUGGGGAUCAAACAACAGCCGGGGAUCGGAACACACUAUGGACGGGAUGAUGUAUCCUGCCGAGGUGCGUUAUGUUCGAUGCUAUAUGUGGCAGCGUUAAGCUUUGUAUGAUGAAGGUAAUUACCUUGGUAAAAGCUGAAACGAUAGCCAGGAAAAACGCUUCUACGUGCUAAAAUUCGCAAUUGGGUUUUGCUUCGCUCAGCCUUUGUUGAGUAAACGGCGCCGGAUUAUUUAAGCCAAUUACACGAGUUGAAUAAGAAUUAACCAAAGUGAUCCUAUUGUCGGAACAUACCCUGAGCGGGAAUAAAUUUCCCGCUGAGGUGCGUUUUUUUAGUGAGAUUUACAGUGUGGUGUCAUUGUCCAUUUUUAGAGUUUACGGUGAACUUUUACUUCAAAUGUACUCUGUGUAACAUAAACUAUGGUGUUACCUCCCCAGAGGAGGUAGUCCCAAUGAUGGUCUUUACUGGGAGGCUCCCCCCGUACCUUUUUUCAGGAUUCCCGUAUAUGAAAUAAGUGAAAGGGUAGGGAAAUCUCUCAUUUUGUACUGUAAAACAUCUCAAAACGUUUUAAUGACUCAUUUUAUGGCUGCGAAAAAGUCAAAAAAACUUCAUGGCUGGCGCCUAAAAGUAUACAGAUUCCUAAACUUAGGAAAGAAGUACCAUUUGUCACGAAAGGAGUGCCUGUCUGUCAAAAAUGGUAGAUAAGGGUAAUGUGUUGGACAUCAAGGUCUUUUGGUGAGUGCCCCCACCCCAUUUCCCCCCCCCGGUGUUUGAUGAGUUAAAAGUGUUUUUAGGUUACCUUAAGUUUUAAUCCCCCCGGACAACAAUAUGGCGGACCUACCGUGAGGUAAUGUGAAAAAGCUCGAUGAAACGGCUCUCCUAAUUCGCAAUUUAAUUUUUGAUCAAAAAUUUAACAAAAUAUCUACCGAAGACAGAAAAAAGUUCAUCCUAAACUGAACAACAAACCGUCGACCGGUGAGAUCGUAUUCUAUAAAGACAAUACACCAAACUAGUCUGUAUCAAGAUACGACUGUAACCGUUUCAAGAAUGAGUUGGUGAAAUGAGUCACGAAUUACUUAAAUUCUUACCAGUUUGUAAUUCUCUGCUCCAGCGUGUUUUCCCUCAUGUGCAGUUAUCAACUGUGAAAAUGUUUUUUACUUGGAUACUAGCCGUUUAACGUAGGCAUUUAUAGACCCUGAAACUGUGUAGCAACUUCAGUUGCAUAGUGUAUUUGCAUAACUUUAUCUAUCACCUGCUUUUGUUAUUUCGGCUGCUUUUGUUUGACAUUUUUCAAACAAAAAGUUUUUUUAAUAAAGGGAAAUUUAUUAUUUAAAUUUAUUUAUUAUUUCUAUUGAAAGGAAAUACUCUGGGGACGCUUUUGAAGCUGUUCAAAACACUCAUAGCACACUUCGCGCGCGAAUGCUGUUCAACCAAUGAUUUAAAAACAUUGCUGUUCGUGUUUUAAACGUUACUUAUAAUGACUUAAAUUCUGUUUUCAAUUGUUAGAUCCAUUUCGUCAGCAUGAACACCAAAUAUUCCAACCUCAGUGAGUCGCUAGGUUAUUCAGAUGGUUUGGCCGUGCUGGGUGUUUUCCUUAAGGUAACGCAUGUUUGCCUCUUCAUAAAACCCUUUUACUCCCCCACUGUGAAAUGUUCACCAAAAGUUUUUUUAGUCUGUGCAUGCUAACGGGUGCGAACAUUCAAAUGGGACCUCCGAAGCAGUACUUUAAUAUAUGGUAUUGUUUUAUUAAAGGUUCGAGACUGCGGAUGAAAUCCGUUGAUGUGACCGUUCAACUAUGAAACCUCUUCUAAACGCGAUAUUAGCCUCCUGUGUGGGCUUCACUGUCCUCUUUUAGAGAACCAGUGGGAGAAUGGGGAGAGGGAACGGGGAUAAGAUCUUGGGAGCCUGAUUCCGCCAGGAGUGACAGUGACGCCUGCCAAACAUCGACAAGGUGAUAACUUUCUGCGCAUGUUGGCUCGCGCAUACAAAUCCAAUUUGUGUAAGGGAUAGUUGGGGAUGGAAAGAGAAAUGUGUCGUCGCAUGUUCACGUUGUCGAUCGUGCUUGACGGCAAGGAAAUGUACAAAAAAGCUUGGUGUACGUUCUGAGUUGUUGUUUUGCUAAUCUAAACCUAUUGCUUUUUUGACGUUUUCGUUGCUGUCGCCGAGUGACAUCUUAACCUCCCUACUACUUUCGUAUGGUACCGUUUGAUUUCAGUCAUAGUAUCAGUGACGGAAAAUAACUGAAAAUGUGGGUUUUUUCUAACUUUGUUUCCGUACUUUUGGCGCAAAGGAGCCCAUACCAUAGCUAACCUAUCUUCCUAGGCGGAGCUUUUUUGUAUCACCACGAAAAAUGGCCGGUAUCCCCGAGUGUUCACAUUAUCAAGUUGGUACGAAAAUGCCUUGAACACCAUUGACAAAAGAAAUAUCCAUGAUAUAGAGGAACCGGCUGAGAAAAAAAUCUGCCAGAAGGUGUGAAAGUGAAAUCAAGGAACUAAAUAUUUCAUUGUUUUAUUUUUGUUAUUGUUUAUAAAUUAUAGCUUGGUUCAAGUAACAAUUCGCAUUAUAACUUGUUCCUGGAUCAUAUCAACUCUGUGAUGAACAAAGGUAAGUUGGAAGAACCCUGUCUCCCUGCUAUGUGUUAGAUUUAAAGUUUGACCACAGCGUUUAAAACGCCCACCGUGGUUGGAAGAAAAUGCAGAUGUACAAUUGUCAGCUGUUUGUUACACAUAUAUAUAGUACUUUCUCAGUAUGCAUGACUUACAGUUUUAGGUAUUUAAAUUAUAUUAUAUACUGUAUAUCACCGUUGUCUUUUCUAUAUAUUGGGAGCUCUAACACACUUGUGUGGCGUAAUUCGCUUUUCAGAAAUAGCAUCUAAAGCUAGCCCUUAGUGCCCAACCUUAGUAUGGUUGGCACUGCUGUUUUUUAAUAUCAAAACACCCAUAAUGUAAAACAUUAGUGUCCUGCACAUUAUUUUAAAAAAUAUUGAAAUGCUAUUUACUACUUCAACUUUUGAUACACAGACGAGAGUGUGAUAUUUCCAGCCUUUCCUCUUCUAAGCCUCCUUCCAACCGACAAGACCAAGUACUAUCGGUACAAUGGUUCGCUAACAACGCCAGACUGCAAUGAAGCUGUUACCUGGACUGUUUUCAACGAUCCUGUCAAGGUAUCACAGGCUCAGGUAAAAUUGAAAUUAAUUUGUCGUCAAUGCUAACGAUAUUUGAGACACUGUGAGUGGCGGUGGUGGUGGUGGUGGUGGAUGAUGACGAUGACGAUGAUGGUGAUGAUAGUUAGAAAUUUACGAAAUAAUAUUAGGUAGGCCUUUUUGUGUAUUAGCAGAAAACGUUCCUACGAUUACUAAGAGCUUCUUCAUUUUGGGUUACGUUUUGGACUUUUUGCGGAUGUUAUUGUUUCUUUAAAUAAGUAGGCGAUCCACAAUUUUGGUCUGCAUUUGCAUGGUCUCCAAUAUACAAUCAUUAGUAAUAAACCUGAACUUAGUCCUCUUAUCCCAUUUUCUGCCCUUGGAAUGACGCAGUUCUUGUUACCAGCUCUCUUAUGCGGCAUACUUGCGAGAUAUUUUUCUUUAGGAUUUGUAUUAUUGCUCAACGUUAAACAUCGUUUUCCCCAGACUCCAGUGCCAAAAACAAUGAAUUUGAUCCUUGUCUCUGAUUUGCUCAACUAUUACCUCCAUCAUAGGAACCGACAUGUUGCACAACCACACGUACAAACUAAUUAUUAUGGCCUCCUUUUGCCCUUGCGGCACGCUCUACUUGCGACAUAUAAUUGUCCUUGCGGCAUUCCCUGGAAUAUGUACAGGUGUACAUACAUUAUAACCCUCGUGUCUUGGUGUCACCUUCGACGUAUAAGAAGGAGAAACGAAAUCAUCUUCUUUUUUUCCUGUUUACAGCUGGAUGCGCUGCGAUCCUUAAAGAUGAACAGCACCAUGAACAUUGUCGACAAUUACCGCCCAGUUCAGAACCUUGGCAGCCGUAAAGUGAAAUCUAGCUUCAGUUCGACCCAGACACCUCCGACUACUACCGCUGUUCCUGUCCCAACCGAAGCUGCAAGCGUUGCUCUCAAAAUAUCCAAUGUCCUUUUGAUGUUGGUGCUCUUCCUGGGAGAAGUUUUCUGCCACUGA